CCUGUGGUAUCCUGCUACCAGUGUUUUUGACGCAGCUGAAUUAAGAGCAAGUGGAGAGAGGGGGAGAGAAAGACGGAGGUUGAGUUGAAGACAGUGGGACAGACUCUACACACGGAUUCACUGGAAUAAUCGUUGGCCGGUCUUCUGUUAGUCGGUACCGAGUGUUAAACUGCCGGAGGAUAUCAGCCCGGUUAAACCACGCAGCUCACCGCGCGUCGCCCCGCACACAUCCGCAGCUUGAAAGGGAACAGAUAGGACGGCUGGCGCUGCUUCAGAUUCCUCUGUGGUAGAUUCCUGGAGGAGGAAUGGCGUGCCUCCCCUGGAGGCGUUGUUUCAUAAUCAGGGCUGUGAAGCAACACGCUGUAUUCUGGUGAACAGAGCGGAGGGUCAGAAAUGUGAGCGCAGUGAUCAAAAGAAGAUGGGAUUGAAGUGAGCACGUGGCAGCGUAGCAGGACAAAGCUCUGUGAAUAUUUGCCGCUGCCAUCCAGCAGGGGAUCUUAUCAUCAAAUCACUGAAACUACCUCGAGAAACCUGCAGCUGGUCCAAAAUUCACCCCAACCAAGUUCCACCUAACUUCAGCCUACGCAGGAGGAGAUGGAGAACUGACUGGAGACCAGAAGGCAGCUCCUCCGUCCGCGUCCACCAGCAGCGAUGGCGGGGCUCAAGCGUCAUCACGACGGGAAGAUCGCCGGGCUGUAUGACCUGGACAAGACGCUGGGCCGUGGACACUUUGCUGUAGUCAAACUGGCCCGACACGUAUUCACUGGGGAAAAGGUAGCAGUGAAGGUGAUAGAUAAGACUAAGCUGGACCCGGUGGCGCGGGGCCACCUUUUCCAGGAGGUGCGCUGCAUGAAGAUGGUGCAGCACCCCAACGUGGUGCGCCUGUACGAGGUCAUCGACACGGCCACCAAGCUCUACCUCAUCCUAGAGCUGGGAGACGGAGGAGACAUGUACGACUGCAUCAUGAAGCACGACGGAGGCCUCACUGAAGAGGUGGCCAAGUGUUACUUUGCCCAAAUUGUCCACGCCAUCUCCUACUGUCACCGGCUGCACGUGGUGCACAGGGACCUGAAGCCAGAGAACGUGGUGUUCUUCGAGAAGCAGGGGGUCGUCAAGCUCACCGACUUCGGCUUCAGCAACCGCUUUCAGCCCGGGAAAACACUGAACACCUCCUGCGGCUCAUUGGCCUACUCCGCUCCUGAAAUACUGCUGGGGGACGAGUAUGACGCUCCUGCUGUGGAUAUCUGGAGUCUGGGGGUGAUCCUCUUCAUGCUGGUCUGCGGUCAGCCCCCCUUCCAGGAGACCAACGACAGCGAGACGCUCACUAUGAUCAUGGACUGCAAAUACACAGUGCCGCCACACAUCUCCCAUGCAUGCCGAGACCUUAUAGCCCGUAUGCUGCAGAGGGACCCCAAGAAACGAGCGACCCUAGAGGAGAUCGGGGCCCACAAAUGGCUUCAAGGUGUCGACCCCUCCCCAGCCACCAAGCUGUCCACCCCUCUGGUGUCCCAUCGCAGCCUGUCGGAGGAGGAGCACGGCUUCAUCAUCCAGCGUAUGGUGCUGGGGGCCAUCACAGACCGAGACACCAUAACUGAGGCUCUGGAGUCAAAUCAGUACAACCACAUCACAGCUACAUACUACCUGCUGGCUGAGAGGAUGCUAAGAGAGAGGCAAGAGAAGGAGCAGCACAGCCAGACACGAUCACCCAGCCCCAGCAAGGCCCAGUUCAGGCAGUCCUGGCCCACCAGAGUGGAUGUUAACCAGGAUGUCAGUGAUGGCUUGGGGGGUCCGACUAUCUCCCACCCCGGGGGGCCACAGUCACCCGCCCGCAGUGCUGAGAGCCUCCAUAAAGGCCCCAGACCCAAAACAGCUCUGCUGGACCUCAGCCAGCGGCAGGAGCACCACAGCCCAGCAUCCAGCCAGCAGCAGUCUGCACGACAGAACCAGGAGAGGGGGCUCAGGAAGCCCCACUCCAACCCCCUCAGGCUGGGCUCUCUGACCUCAGCGGGCCCUUGCAAAACUCGUAGUCCCAGUCUUUUCAGCGUGGAGGAGGAUGAGGAAGAAGAGGGGGAGGAAGACACAGGUUUAUCCGCUUCUGCACUACCUGCUCAGGUGGUGCUUCGUUGCAAAGCCUCUUCCUCAUCAUCUACGUCUUCUUCUGGUAAUCGGCUGACGUCCCGUAUGAGCGCUCCGGUUCUUAAUCAGAUUCACGAGGAGGAUAAAGAGGAUGAGGAAGAGGAGGAGAGGAGGGAGCUGCAUGGAUUCGGCCCACCCAAACCCAGCCUCAGCCUCAAUCUGAACUCUAGAAUACCAUCGCCGCCAACACUCGUACCCUCACCUAGCACUGCUGGUCUAACAGCACCGGUUGCCGCUUUCACCCCCAGCUCAGAGACUAGUGACGAUGAGACAGAAAGUCACCAUGAACCAGAUACGGCAACUGUAGGUGGACAAGGGGAUGAGAGAGAAGGGAGGAAAGAGCAUGGAGAGAAAAGGGGGUCAGGGCAGGGCAGUCCCUCCAGCUCUGCCAGUCCUGGAUCAGGUUCGUGCCAAGGCAAGGGCACAGCCAAAGCUGCCAGCGGCCUGGUGGAAAGCUUAAAGCUGAUGAGCCUGUGCCUGAGCUCGCAGUUCCACAACCUGACGGGUGGGGGAGGGGGAGGUGGCGGCAGCAGCGGUGCCGUUGUUGCGGGGGACACCCAGGACCAUCCCAUGUGGAGGAUGUGCAUGGGCGGCUCCACCGGUAGCCUGGAUAAGGUCUCACUACUGGGUGGCCCCUCACCCAGGGGGAACCCGUACCACCACCACCCCUCGCUCGGAGACGCGCUGGCAGACCCGCUGCUGGAGGGCCCCUGCACGGCCACGCUGAGGCUGGGAGAGCUGGACCUGGCCAGGGAGAACCACAGGAACAUGAAGAACCGCGUUCUGCAGAUGCCUCUGAGCGACAAGACUCUGUCCGUCAACAUCCACCGGAGCCCCAAGGAGGGUCUGCUCUGUACUCCCACCCCACACAGCUGCUGCCAGGUCAUCUAGAGCCCCUCCACACUCCUCCGUGCUCAUCUAUACAUCCCUUCUCAUCUUGCUUUUGUUUUUAAGUCAUGUCACCACUGGCCCAUGAGUUCACAUUACGCUUUGCAAUUGAUGCCGUUUCCUAUAAUUCAGCACUUAACGGUGGAUAACUGGGAGAACGUCCAAAUGCCUACUUUGCACAUUUACAGACGCAAAAAGUCUCCAUGGAGGAGACUGGGUGCCAUGCCAAGUAUGUGAAGCACUUUCAGCCGAUUAAACGGGACACUAACGGAACAUUUUAACCCGCUGGUGUGUUUAAAUAAGAGACAUUGAGUAUGGAAAUGGACACAGGAGGUGCUCACAUCCCUGCUCUCACACACUUCUAUACACUGUAUGUACACAUUUUGUGCACAUCCACAGGCACACCUAUAUCACUCCCAUAAGCCGAUAAAAGGGAAGGCUAAUGAGUUUUAGUAUCAUGUUACAUAUCGUCUUUUGUUGUACUUGAUGCUGUUUUUUUUUAAUACCAUUAUUUUUAAAGAUUUAAAUUUGUACUGUUUUUUGUUUUUUUUUAUUCUGACUGAAUGAGUUAAUGCCUGUGUUUUCAUUCCAGUAAGUACAAAGAAUGGGGUGAAAAUGGACAGCAGCACAUAAGUAUGAUGGUGGCACACAGUAUUUUGUAGUCUAUCACCGUUUUAUUUUUCUAUCUCGAACAUGUCUCCACAGACUCUGAAAGAAAAGGCACACUCACUUGUCAAGUCUCUGCGCGGUUACAUGGCAGAGUUUGUACAUAUGUGAAUAACCUCCUAACAGUACUCUGUACCUGUAGUAUUGACCGUAAAGUUGUAUUGCAGUAGAACCCUGAAUACUAGAUCCUUAUACACCCAUUAUUCGUCACUCCUACUGGAUAUUCAAGGUUUUCGGUUGAACCCAGAGCUAGAAAUGUGUUUGAUGGCAGGAUAAAGAACAUUGAAAUUAAACUAAAUUAUUGUACAAGUAAAGGCAGCUCUUUAAAUUCAAAGAGACUGACUUCUAGGUGUAACCGAAACCAUGUACAUCCCGUAGCUGUCCAGGAUCA